AGGUUGGACCGCCUCUUUAUUUUACUGGACACAGGAACAACUCCAGUCACACGAAAAGCAGCCGCACAGCAGCUUGGGGAAGUGGUGAAGCUUCAUCCACAUGAACUGAACAACCUGUUGUCUAAGGUCUUGAUCUACUUGCGAAGUCCAAACUGGGAUACACGUGUUGCAGCUGGUCUGGCAGUAGAGGCCAUUGUGAAAAAUGUUCCUGAGUGGAAUCCAUCAACCAGGCUGAAGAGAGAGGCUGGUUCAGAAUGCUCAAGUGAUGAGUCUCCUCUCUCAGACAGGCUGAGCUUUGACAGGUUUGACAUAUCAAGGUUAUUAAAACAUGGUGCUUCGUUGCUGGGCUCAGCUGGUGUUGAAUUUGAAGUUCAAGAUGACAAAUCAGUGGACGUGGACCCCAAGGAAAGGAUAGCACGGCAAAGAAAGCUGCUGCAGAAGAAGCUAGGCCUUGACAUGGGCGCUGCCAUUGGGAUGAAUACCGAAGAGUUGUUUAAUGAUGAAGAUCUGGACUACAUGCCAAGCAACACUCUUGUAAAUAAACCUGCCAUCCAAGCAGCAGAAUUUAUUGAUUCAGAAUUUCUUCCGGGUAUGAGUAACAGGCAAAAAAACAAAGCGAAACGAAUGGCGAAGCUAAUAGCAAAACAGAGAUCUCGGGAUGUAAUGGAGGCCAACGAAAAGAGCAGUGAUAGCACAGAUGGGGAGCCUGAAGAGAAGAGGAGGAAAGUAACCAACGUUGUCAUCAGUCAGCCAGCAACUGAGUCCAAAGUAUUAAUCGAUAAUGUUCCAGACAACUCUUCCCUGUUUGAUGAGACCAACGAGUGGCCCCUGGAAAGCUUUUGUGAAGAGCUCUGUAAUGAUCUAUUUAACCCAUCUUGGGAGGUACGACAUGGAGCAGGUACUGGUCUCAGAGAGAUCCUUAAGACCCAUGGGAAAAGUGGAGGCAAGAUAGCAGACAGCACACGUGAAGAGAUGGAGCAGCAACAUCAGGAGUGGUUGGAGGAUCUGGCUAUUCGUCUCCUUUGUGUGUUUGCAUUAGAUCGAUUUGGAGAUUUUGUCUCAGAUGAAGUGGUCGCCCCUGUUCGGGAAACUUGUGCCCAGACGCUGGGAGUGGUCCUUAAACACAUGAAUGAAAGUGGAGUGCUGAAGACAGUGAAAAUCCUCCUACGUUUAUUAACGCAGGAGCAGCAGUGGGAAGUGCGACAUGGAGGACUGCUAGGCAUAAAGUAUGCUCUCGCUGUUCGCCAGGAUCUGAUUAAGACUUUAUUACCUAAAGCACUACCGGCAAUAAUUGAAGGUCUUCAGGACCUUGAUGAUGAUGUGCGUGCAGUAGCAGCUGCGUCUUUAGUGCCUGUUGUAGACAGUUUAGUUAAGCUACAAUUUAAGCAGGUUCCUUUUAUUCUCAGCACUUUAUGGGAUGCACUUCUGGAGUUAGAUGACCUCACAGCUUCUACCAACAGUAUCAUGACCCUCCUCUCUUCCCUGCUUGCUUAUCCUCAGGUUCAACAGUGCAAUGUUCAGCAAUCUCUUACAAUAUUGGUGCCACGAGUGUGGCCUUUCUUGCGUCAUACGAUCUCCUCUGUUCGGAAGGCAGCUCUAGAAACAUUAUGCACUUUGUUAUCUACACAGGACCAGAACUGUUCAGGUUGGCUAACCCCCAUCUUGCAAGACAUGCUGCGGCAUAUAUUUCAGCUUUGUAUUCUGGAGAGUAACCAAGAAAUUCUUAACCUUAUCCAUAAGUUGUGGCAGGAACUGAUUACCAAAGCAUCUGUGCAGUACGUAGUGGCCGCUGCCUGCCCGUGGAUGGGAGCAUGGCUGUGUUUAAUGAUGCAGCCAGCUCAUCUGCCUAUUGAAUUAAAUAUGCUGCUAGAGAUCAAACCCAAGUCAAAGGAAAAGGCAGGUGGUAAAUUGCGUCAAGGUCAGGGCCAGGCAAAAGAAGUCACCCAGGAGUAUAUUGCUGGCUCAGACAGUGUCACUGAGGACUCUGCCACCAGGGACUUUGUGGUUACACGAGCUCGUAUAGCUGCUGCAAGACUGCUUGGAUCGUUGUGCUGCUGUAUCUGUGAUCCUGCUGUAAAUGCACCUUCUCAGGAGAUCAAACCUGCUGAAUCCCUAGCCCAGCUGCUUCUCUUCCAUCUUAACUCCAAGUCUGCCUUACAGCGGAUCAGUGUGGCCCUUGUGGUUUGUGAAUGGGCAGCCUUGCAAAAGGAAUGCCGAACGGUAUCCCUUGCAAUCCAGCCACGUCUGCUUGCUGUUCUUUCAGAGCAUCUGUAUUAUGAUGAAAUAGCAAUCCCUUUUACCAGGAUGCAGAAUGAGUGUAAGCAGUUAAUCUCCUCCCUGGCUGAUGCUCAAAUUGACAUCCGGAACAGAGUAAACUGCAGCGUAUUCACCAUCGACCAAGCUAAUGAUCUGGUCACUACCGUGUUCAAUGAAGCAACAGCUGUUCUGCGAGGGGAUAUUAAAGCUUUCCAGAUCUUGGAUGCAAAAAGACAGCAAGUUCAAAUGACUGUAGUGGAAACCAACCAGGAAUGGCAGGUGCUGCAGCUGAGAGUACACAUGUUUGCAGCUUGUGCAAUCAUCAGCCUCAUGCAGCUGCCUGAAAAGCUCAAUCCUAUAAUUAAACCAUUAAUGGAGGCUGUGAGAAAGGAAGAAAACACUGUGGUGCAAAACUAUGCAGCCUUGUGUAUUGCUAAACUCUUACAACAAUGCAUCUCAAGGACUCCUUCUCCAAACCACAAAAUAUUGAAAAAUCUUUGCAGCUCUGUGUGUGUGGAUUCUAAUAUCACCCCUUCUGUUAGCUGUCCGGCCCCAGUCAUAAACAACACCGACAACUCAAAAGGAUCGAAUUCAGAAAAAGAUGGGACUUGCCAUACAGUGACGAAGUACAGGGGCAUAAUUACCCUGUACAGACACCAGCAAGCUGCUUUUGCAAUCACAAGUAGACGAGGUCCAGCUCCCAAAGCAAUGAGAUCCCAGGUGGCAGAAUUGCCUGCAGGAAGCAGUAGCCAUGGGGCUCCAGAUUCUGAUGAGACUCAGAAACAACACUUAUUUCAGAGAAGAGGUGCAGAAUACACACUGGCUAAGAUUGCCAAACACUUUGCUACUGAUCUGCCUACAGGAUUACCUAAUCUCUGGGAAGCAAUGGUUGGACCUCUGAGGAACUACAUAAAUGUUGAUAAUUUUGAUGGGAAGCUUUUAUUAGAAAAAGGAGAUGAUCAUGCACAGGAGCUGGUUAACAGCCUUCAAGUGUUUGAAAUUACUGCUGCUUCCAUGGUUUCCAAGCUUCACCCUCUGCUGCUCCAGCAUCUUCCUCAUCUGUUCACAUGUCUGCAACAUCCAUACACUGCAGUGAGGCACAUGGCAUCUCGAUGUGUAGGAGUAAUGAGCCGUAUUGCUACCAUGGAAACAAUGAAUGUCUUUUUGGAGAAAGUUUUGCCUUGGCUCGGUGCAAUUGACGAUAGCACAAAGCAGGAGGGGGCCAUUGAAGCUCUGGCCUGUGUAAUGGAGCAGCUGGAUGUCGGCAUUGUUCCAUACAUUGUCCUACUUGUUGUGCCGGUGUUGGGUAGAAUGAGUGACCAAACGGAUAGUGUUCGCUUUAUGGCAACGCAAUGUUUUGCUACUCUCAUCCGGCUGAUGCCGCUAGAGGCUGGAAUCCCAGAUCCACCCAAUAUGUCAAAUGAGCUAAUUAAACUAAAAGCCAGAGAGCGCAACUUCUUGGAGCAGCUGCUGGACGGAAAGAAAUUGGAAAAUUAUACAAUCCCUGUUCCAAUAAAAGCUGAGCUCAGGAAAUAUCAGCAGGAUGGAGUCAAUUGGUUGGCCUUCUUGAACAAGUAUAAAUUACAUGGCAUCCUGUGUGAUGAUAUGGGACUUGGGAAGACUCUACAGUCUAUAUGUAUUCUAGCAGGGGACCAUUGUCACAGAUCUCAGGAGUAUAACGGAAACAAAUCUGCAGACUGCAUGCCUCUUCCAUCACUGGUGGUUUGCCCACCAACACUGACAGGCCACUGGGUAGAUGAAGUUGGAAAGUUUUGUCCUAAGGAGUACCUCAACCCAUUACAUUAUACUGGUCCACCCACAGAGCGUGCCAGGUUACAGCACCAGGUUAAAAGACAUAACCUAAUUGUGGCUUCUUAUGACGUUGUGAGGAAUGAUAUUGACUUCUUCAGAAAUAUGAAAUUUAAUUACUGUAUAUUGGAUGAAGGCCAUGUUAUUAAAAAUGGCAAGACAAAAUUGUCCAAAGCUGUUAAAGCAGAUAACCGCAAAUUACAGAAUUAUCCUCUCUGGAACUCCAAUACAGAACAAUGUUUUGGAGCUGUGGUCAUUGUUUGACUUCCUCAUGCCUGGUUUUCUAGGCACAGAACGGCAAUUUGCUGCAAGAUAUGGGAAGCCUAUUUUGGCUAGCAGAGAUGCUCGGAGCUCCUCUCGCGAGCAGGAAGCUGGUGUUCUUGCAAUGGAGGCAUUACAUCGUCAGGUUCUACCAUUUUUAUUGCGUCGAAUGAAAGAGGAUGUAUUGCAAGAUCUUCCGCCUAAAAAUUAUCCAAGAUUAUUACUGUUCUCUGAGUACAUUACAGGUACAAUUAUAUGAAGAUUUUGCAAAAUCCCGUGCCAAAACUGAUGUUGAUGAAACGGUCUCCAUGUCUGCUCUUUCUGAAGACAGUGAGAGGCCAAAGCUAAAGGCUACUGGACAUGUCUUCCAGGCAUUGCAAUACUUGCGUAAGCUAUGCAACCACCCUGCUUUGGUUCUGACAUCGCAACACCCAGAGUACAAGAAGAUCACAGAGCUACUUUGCACCCAAAAUUCCUCUUUGCGGGGACAUUCAGCAUGCCCCCAAGCUAUCUGCUUUAAAACAAGUAUGUCCAACACUGGUUU